AUGGAUUAUAAAUUUCCAAAUGAAUUUAUGUUUGGUGCUUCAACUGCAGCAUAUCAAAUUGAAGGAGGCUGGAAUGCAAACGGAAAAGGAGAAAAUAUUUGGGAUCAUUUGGUUCAUACUAGUCCGGAAUUAAUAAGAGAUGGGACUAAUGGAGAUAUUGCCUGUGAUUCCUAUCACAAGUAUAAAGAAGAUGUAGCACUUGCAAAAAAUUUAAAUUUGAAGUUAUAUCGCUUUUCAAUAUCAUGGGCUCGGAUAGCACCAUCUGGAGUAAUGAGUUCAUUAAAUCUAGAAGGAAUUGCAUACUACAAUCGUCUUAUCGAUGAACUUAUCAACAAUGAUAUUAUUCCUUUAGUUACAAUGUAUCAUUGGGACUUGCCACAAUACCUACAAGAUCUUGGAGGUUGGGUUAAUCCAAUUAUGUCAGAUUAUUUUAAAGAAUUUGCACGAGUGUUAUUUACUUCCUUCGGAGACAGAGUAAAAUGGUGGAUAACAAUUAAUGAACCAAUGGAGGUUUGUAAAGGUUAUGCCAUUAAAGGCUAUGCGCCAUACUUGAAUUUAAACAACACCGGAUUUUAUUUGGCAGCUCAUACACAACUUAUUGCACAUGGAAAAGCAUAUAGGUUGUAUGAAGAGAUGUUUAAACCUACACAGCAAGGAAAAAUAAGUAUUUCAAUAAAUGGAGUAUUUUUCAUACCAAAAAAUUUUGAGUCAGUUGAUGACAAAAAUACUGCUGAAAGAGCCAAUCAAUUCGAGAGAGGGUGGUUCAGUCAUCCAGUGUACAAGGGAGACUAUCCGCCAAUAAUGAGAAAAUGGGUUGAUAAAAAAAGUAAAGAAGAAGGUAGACCGUGGUCAACUUUACCAACAUUUACAGAAGAUGAGAUUAAAUUAAUUAAAGGUACAGCUGAUUUUUAUGCUCUCAAUCAUUAUUCUUCUCGUUUGGUAACUCAUGGAAGAGAUCCAGAUCCUCAUUAUAAUUCAGACGCAGAAUAUGUUACUUCUGUAGAUGAAUCAUGGUUAAAACCAUCUGUUGCGCCGUGGCUUGUACCAGUACCUGAUGGAUUAAGACAACUUUUGAUAUGGUUAAAAAAUGAAUAUGGCAAUCCACCUUUGAUUAUAACAGAAAAUGGAUAUGGAGACAACGGUCAAUUGGAUGAUUUUGAUAGAAUUAACUACAUGAAGGGUUAUUUAAAUGCAACAUUACGAGCAAUACAUGAAGAUAAUUGCAAUAUUAUAGGAUUUACUGUAUGGUCACUCUUGGAUAAUUUUGAAUGGAUGGAUGGUUUCGCAAUUCAUUUUGGACUUGUUAAGGUAGAUUUUAAUAGUCCUCAAAGAACUCGUACUCCAAAAGCAUCAUAUACAUUUUUCAAGAACGUAGUAUCAACUGGCCGAUUGUAA